AUGCGGGGGCUGCGCGGGGCGCGGGCGGCGCUGGCGCUGCUGCUGGCGGCGGCGCUGGCCCCGGGGCCGGCGCGGCCGCACCCGCAGUGCCUGGACUUCAAGCCGCCGUUCCGGCCGCCGCGGGGCCUCGCCUUCUGCCGCCUCUACGCCGACUUCGGCUGCUGCGACCUGCACAGCGACCGCGCCCUGCUCCAGCGCUUCUACCGCCUCAGCGCUCACCUCGACGGGCCCACCUACGCCGCCUGCGCCGGGCACCUGCAGGACCUGCUCUGCCAGGAAUGUUCUCCAUAUGCAGCUCACUUGUACGAUGCUGAGGAUCCCUCCACUCCUGUGCGGACGAUACCAGGACUUUGCCAAGACUAUUGCCGGCAAGUGUGGCAAAAAUGCCGCUCCAUUUUUCACUAUCUCUCUGCAGACCAAGAGUUAAUUGCACUGGAGAACAACAUGGCAAAAUUCUGCCGCUACCUGUCCUUGGAGGACACAGACUACUGUUUCCCACACCUGCUGGCUAACCAGAACCUCAACCAAAACCUGGGGUUAGUGACCGCCGACGCGGAGGGCUGUCUCCAGCUCUGCCUCGUGGAGGUCGCCAACGGGCUGCGCAAUCCUGUUGCGAUGGUGCAUGCCAAUGAUGGCACCCACAGGUUCUUCAUUGCAGAGCAGGUUGGCCUGGUGUGGACCUACCUCCCCGAUCGAUCCAGGCUCGAAAAGCCAUUUCUGAACAUCAGCGAAGCUGUACUUACCUCACCUUGGGAAGGAGACGAGAGAGGUUUUCUAGGUAUUGUCUUCCAUCCUAAAUUCAAAUUUAAUGGUAAAGUGUAUGUCUACUAUUCAGUUGAAGUUCGUUAUGAAGAGAGAAUCCGAAUCAGUGAGUUCAGAAUUUCUGCUGCUGACAUGAAUGCUUUGGACCAUGGUUCUGAAAGGAUAAUCCUGGAAAUAGAAGAACCUGCUUCCAACCAUAAUGGAGGAGAGCUGCUCUUUGGAGAUGAUGGGUAUCUCUAUAUAUUUACUGGAGAUGGAGGCAUGGCUGGGGAUCCUUUUGGGACCUUUGGAAACGCCCAGAACAAAUCAACCCUGCUGGGCAAAGUGCUGCGGAUCGAUGUGAACAACAAUGACCGUGGACCUCUGUACCGAAUCCCUCCCGACAACCCUUUUCUUAACGACCCUAAGGCUCGCCCUGAAAUCUAUGCAUACGGAGUGAGAAAUAUGUGGCGCUGCUCUUUCGAUAGGGGCGAACCUCACACCAAGGAAGGGAAAGGGCGGCUCUUCUGUGGAGACGUAGGGCAGAAUAAGUACGAAGAAAUCGACAUCAUCGAGAAAGGGAAAAAUUAUGGCUGGAGGGCAAGGGAAGGAUUCAGCUGCUACGAUAAAAAACUUUGCGCCAAUUCUUCAAUGGAUGAUGUGCUUCCAAUUUACGCAUAUCCACACAAAAUGGGGAAAUCCGUUACGGGAGGCUAUGUCUAUCGGGGUUGCGAGUCUCCAAACUUGAAUGGCCUGUACAUAUUUGGUGAUUUCAUGAGUGGACGCCUGAUGUCUUUGAAGGAGGAUCAUGCUACCGGAGAGUGGCAGUACAGUGAAAUCUGCAUGGGGACGGGACAAACGUGCAUGUUCCCUGGGCUUAUCAAUAACUAUUACCAAUACAUCAUCUCCUUUGCUGAAGAUGAAGCAGGGGAACUUUACUUCAUGUCUACCGGCAUACCAAGUGCCACGGCUCCCAAUGGAGUGGUGUACAAAGUGGUGGACACCUCUAGGAGAGCACCACCAGGAAAAUGCCGAGUUGAGCCAUUGCCAGUGAAAGUAAAAAGCAAGCUCAUCCAGUUUGUGCCAAAGGAGAAGCUCAUUGUGAAAACACCAACACCGCGUCCCCGGCUGAAGGCCACGACCGAGGCCCCACGGGGAGGCAGGCCAGACCCUGAAGCCCCCCACGUGCCGGCUGUGGACUGGGUGGGCCAAGGCCCGCCGCCGCCGGGGAACCGAAGCAGGACGCCCACCACCCCAGCACCAAGCGGCAGGGCCCCCAAGCCCAGGAAGGGAGCAGAGAGGAGGGGGCAGCGCAGGAAGAAGAAGCCCCCCGGCACGGCACGGCUGCUGCGAAACGGCGCCGUGCGGCUGAUGGAGCAGCAGCGCCGUGGCCGGAGCUGGGGCCGGGUGGAGGUUUACAUCGACGGCGAGUGGGGCACAGUGUGCGACGACGGCUGGGGCUCGCCCGCUGCCGCUGUGGUGUGCCGCCAGCUGGGCUUCCCCUACGUGGUGCGGGCCAGCAAGAAGGCAGAAUUUGGGGAAGGGACCUCCCUUCGCAUUCUCCUUGAUGACGUCCAGUGCUCCGGGCAGGAGAAGACGCUGCUGGAGUGCGCCCACGCCGACGUCGGCACGCACAACUGCUCCCACGAGGAGGAUGCCGGUGUGGUGUGCAGCCGGGAGGAGGUGGCAGAUUGGUGACAGAGGAGGUGGGGAAGGCAGCUGAGGGAC